AUGCAAAGAGACGGAGAGACGCUUAGGAAAUAUGUAGAAAGGUUCAACAAGGAGGCGAUGCAAAUAGAAGACCUGAGCCAAGAGAUCGCCUAUACAGCGUUACUCAACGGGACCACUAAUUCUGACCUGCGAAAAGAGUUGUUGGCUAAAUCACCAAAAUUAUUUACUACACUGAUGACCAUCGCACAUACACAAAUCAGAGUGGAUGAUGGCCAGAGAGAGAUAGAGAACCGACACGGAAGGACAGAAGAACGAACAUUUUCAGAAAGAAGGAAUGGAGAUAGAUCGCCCACGGGAAAAAGGUUCGGAGAGAAAGGUAACGACCGUUUCAGAAAUAAGAGAAAAACGGACGAGGAUAGGCGAUACACCCCCCUAAACACAACCAGAACCAACGUGUUAUUUUGGGUGAAAGACAACCGGGAGAAGGUCAGGUGGCCAAGAAAAAUGAAUGUUGCAUCAGCUAGCAAAAGAGACAACAGCAAAUACUGUGAAUUCCACAGAGAUAACGGCCACACCACAGACGAAUGCUGGCACCUGAAGGAAGAGAUAGAGAAGCUGAUAGAGAGGGGGUCCCUUUCCCAGUUCGUGAAAAGGGAUACCGAAGCCAGAGAGGCUGAAGCAGAAAGAAAGAAAGAAAAGAAGAGACCACCAGAAGGCCUAGGCCGGAGCCGGCAGACGUGGUUAACGUAA